CUACAUAUGUAUUAAGUAGUACAUAGUUGCAGAUGCACUUUUUCUUAUGACCAAACUGCUGAACGCACUUGGCGUUAGUCAUUUGUUUUUGUUUUUAUCUUGACAAAUAAAAUAAACAAAAUGGACCCGAUGUGCAAAGAAAUUCAAAAAAAAUUGGUAUCUUUCAUUAGAUUUAAAGAAAGAGGAGACAGGCUAAAUGAAAAAAGAAAAAGCGAUCGUAUAUUAAGUCGAUCUGCUGGGACAGGGAUGCGGUUCCGUGGUUUUUACAAAAACAAGAUUACGCGUUGUUCACUUUCAAAAAAAAAGAAGACCUUUAAUGAAGAUAACGCAGUAAUUUCAGAAGCAACAUUGGUCAAUUCUUCAAAAACACUGGAAAGCUGUGUAGUUCAGUCUAGAUCUAAUAAUGAAGCCGAGGACAAUCUUGCUCAAAAUCGCCUGGAUUAUCUUGACGAGCAAGUUAAUUUAAUUGAAUGUCAAGAAACUUUUAUUCAUGAAGAACCAGAAGAAUCAAAAUCUGCAAAGUCAGACUGGACACGAAGAACUAAUGAGAUUUAUAAAGACUGGGCUGCUGUUAAACAAGAUUUUUUAGAACCUUUCGUGUCUUCAAAAUCAUUUGCUACUUCUUGGUGUGCGGACUGUCAAGCACCAAUUCUGCAGUGCUACAUUUCCUGUGACAAUUGCCGUAUGAAGAGAUGUGAGAAAUGUGAUCAAGCUUUUCACAAAUGUCAUCCGUUUCAUCUGCGUACUUUCUACGAAAAAGAAAUUUCAAGGAUUCUCCUACCUGAACAAUUUAUUUUGUCUGGCCAAGUUGUUGCCUGUGAUGUUCCAGUUCCAUGUUUCCCAGUAAUGUUCAGCUGCCAAACACGUGAUUGCUUAACUGCUUUCUCAUUAGCAGCUGGUAAAAGGAGAGUAGUCAUCAUCACAGAACGAGGAAUAUUUGACCUUCAUUCUUGCGUAUUCCAGUGUGCUACAUGUGGCGAAAAAAAGGAUGCCAACGAGGCGGAUUAUGUCGUGUCUGGCUGGUGGCCAACGUUAGCAAGAAACGGCUCAUAUAUAUACAUUACUUGAAAUGUGGCGUCAUUUGAAGCAUCAAACUCCCGGCACAUCGGAGAGAAAGUUUGUUCAGACCCUGUCGGAAAUUUCUAAAACGUCCCAUAGAUGGGCAACAAUUGAUCGGAAAUUGUUUGGCCUGGCAAGCCGUCAAUACGACCACUUUUUCUUCCUUCUGAAUACGGAAGUCAAUGGAAUGGAGCUCUUCAGAUGCUUGGCUUGUGGACCAUGUCCAUUAGCUAUUCAUGUAGAUGGGAAUAUAAAACUCUAUAGCUGGCUGUCUGCUCUUGGCGUGGAUGUUCCCUCCCUUUUUGGAGAUGUUGGUAUUGUGGAUACGCUGAAGUUUUUGGACUUUGUCGCCAAAGUUAAUGCAGCAAAAAUUCCGCGUGGGUCAAGCAGUAAGGAUUCGUGUGGCUCUGCAGAGUAUAAAGCAGGCAAAGCAGACUCAAGUCAGAAAAAGGGACUGGCCGAAACUGGAAUGGUAUUUUGCACUUGCCGGCAUGGUGUUCUUUGGAGAGCGUUAGACCUGGACAAGGGAGAGUCCUACCGGCACAUCCUGUACCUUCACGACUUUGCGUUGCAACAAAAUUCAAAUUCUUUUGUUACGACGUAGUGUGCAACUAUUGGCCUUUCGCUAAAGAUGUUGGAACAAAGUUGGAAACCGAAGAUUUCAAGAAACAUACCGAAGAAAUGGUUCCCUUCCUUAGCCGAUUUCACGCUUUUUAUUUUUAGCUUUUGUAUGGAGGUCACUGGAUGACAGGAGCCGCGUCAACAACAGGCGAGACAACGGAACAGAGUAACUCAAAAAUGUCUCGCUAUGGGUCCACUACAAAACACAUGAGUAAUUCAAAAGGGACCAUUUAACGGAUGGCAUGAUUUAUUGGAACCAGGAAAAGGAAUGUGGAAUGGCCAAGCAGCUUGCUAAAUUUUACAAUGCUGCUCUUGAUGAUUCCACUCGUCA